AUGACUUCAGAUUUUGCAUUACAAGUUCCUGCUGAGCUGGAGACAGCUCUGCAGUUGAAGACUGUUCGGUACUUGGUUACACGAAGACCGUGGCUUGAUCUUUAUGGAGUUAAUGUUCGACCUGUUGCACCAUAUGGAAGUGCUAGUAGAAGGGUAAAUGUUGAUCCGGCAUUGAUACACCGGUGCUUGCCUGAUGAGCUGCUCUUUGAGGUAUUUUCACGAAUGGCUCCAUACGAUUUGGGAAGGGCAGCUUGUGUUUGUCGGAAAUGGAGAUACACUCUUCGUAACCCCAUAUUUUGGCGCCAUGCUUGCUUAAAGGCAUGGCAGUUUUCUGGAGUGGUUGAGAAUUAUAAAAUUUUGCAAUCGAAGUACGAGAGCUCAUGGAGGAAAAUGUGGCUUUCGAGGCCAAGGAUCCGUACUGAUGGUCUCUAUGUCAGUAGGAACACCUAUAUUCGGGCAGGUGUGCGAGAGUGGACCGUCACCAAUCCAGUUCACUUGGUUUGCUAUUACCGUUACAUGAGAUUUUUUCCUUCUGGCAGAUUCCUUUACAAAACUUCUGGUCAAACAGUAAAAGAUGUUGUGAAAUGCAUGAAUUUUCGUGCAUCUAAAACAGAUGGUGUUUUUAGCGGCCAUUACACAUUGACAGAUGACAAGGUUGAAGCCACUUUCAUGUACCCGGGCUUGUGCCCCACCAUGUGGAGAGCCUGCUCGAGGUUGAGAGGAACAACCUUAGGGGCUAACAAUAGGAUGGAUGUACUCUCACUUUCUACAAGUAAAGUGAACAGUGAUGGGCUAAUUGAGCCCGAGGAGGAUGUUCUUGGAUCAGCUGAGUGGCAGGAGGAUGAGAUUUCACGGAUAUCUCACAAUAGGGGUCUAGCUCCUUUCGCAUUUGUUCCUUUUCAAGAGGUGGAAACAUCAGUUUUGAACCUGCCUGUGGAAAAGAUGGAUUAUUAUGUACCUGGGUAG